AUGUCUUUUUAUGCCGGUCUUGAUUUAUCCUUUUUAUUUCUUGGAAACGAUGGGGCUAAUGUCUAUCUUGCGGGGGACAAAGUUGUUGAGAGAGGUAUAAUUCGUCAACGUGAAGGACGGAACGGUCUGGUCUGGUCUGGUCUGGUGCUCAGCUAUGACGGGAAUGCAUUUCCAAUGGAGCAACUUUUUGCUCCUUCUUUGUUUCUUUUUGGGUUAGAGAUAGUGACGCCGGACAAGACUGUCUUUGGCGAUUUUACAUAA